UUUUUGAGCUGGUGCAGUGUAAGACAGUGACUGGAGCGGUGGGGUGUGCAGAAAAAGGGGGACUGCUUUUUAAAAAAAAGGGAAAAAAAAAAGCAAACAGAAUGAGCUAUGAUCCAUAUAGCACCCGCAGGCCCUGGGAGGACUACCGGGCCAUCCGGACAUCCAAACCGACAUCAGUGUAUUCAGUCCAUCGAUCUGUACCCUCUGUUAAGAGGACAAUUAGGACCACUUCCCUGUCUUCCCUCCCGGAUUAUGCUGAGAAGGUAGAUUUAUCCCAGGUGAGCACACUCAACACAGAGCUGCUUAACCUUAGGGCUAAAGAGAAGGAGCAACUUGUGGACCUCAAUGACCGCUUUGCCACCUACAUUGAGAAAGUUCAUCACUUGGAACAGCAAAACAAAGUCCUUCUUGUUGAACUGGAAGCCCUUCGUCAGCGACAGAAUGACCCAUCCAGGCUUCACCUCAUCUAUGAACAGGAAAUCCGAAACCUCAGAGCUCUGCUUGAUUCUGAGACAAAUGAAAAGAUGCGAAUGGAAGCUGAGAGGGAUCACUUGCGAGACGUUUUUACCCAAAUGAAAGACAAGUAUGAGGAAGAGGUCCGCCUCCGAAUGGAUGCUGAAGAAACCUUGCAGAAGAUCCGUGAAGAAGCAGACAAAGCUGUGCUAGCCAACAGUGACAUUGACGGCAGCAUCAACUCUCUGGUGGAAGAGAUCGCAUUCCUCAAGAAGGUCUACAAUGAGGAAAGCAAUGAGUUGUCAGCACAAAUUCAAGCUGCCAAUAUUACUGUUGACAUGGAAGUGGCCAAGCCUGACCUCUCCUUGGCUCUAAAGGAAAUCCGCUGCCAGUAUGAGAAACUGGCCAACAAAAACAUGCAAGCAGCUGAAGACUGGUACCGGACCAAGUUUGCUACAGUAGCUGAAAUAGCCAGUAAGAACAAUGAAGCCGUCCGGUCCAUUAGAGAGGAAACAUCGGAGUACAGACGGCUAUUGCAGUCCCGGUCUUCAGAAAUUGAAGCCCUCAGAAAUGUUAUAGACUCCCUGAACAAGCAGCUGGAGAGUCUAGAGGAUAAGCAGUCCAGAGAAGUAGCAAAAUAUCAGGAAAGAAUUAACGAGUUAGAGAAAGAUAUUAAUGAUGCGAAACAGGAGAUGGCCCGUUACCUGCGAGAGUAUCAGGACCUACUGAAUGUGAAGAUGGCACUGGACAUCGAAAUAGCUGCAUAUAGGAAACUUCUGGAAGGCGAAGAGAUCAGGCUGAGUUUUUCUUCAUUGCCAGCUCUCACUUAAGCAGUAACCAACACAAAAGUCAGUUGCGCCCUUGUUAAACUACUCAACAAGAGGUCCUUUACAAAGUCCCCCUUCUUCUCCACACAAACUCUGAAGGCUAAGAGGAAACUGGGAUGAGAUAGAUUUUCAGUACCUCCAUUAAGGGAUAGGAAUUUCAUUUAACUUGGGGCACAAUAUUCUUUUGGUUUCAUUUGGCACUUGAACCUCAUGAUUAAAGAAAAAAUCGGAGCAGAAUUUGAGAUGAAUGUAAUUAUUUGGAAAAAAUAUUUAUUUAAUGAGGCUGAUAUUGUCCAGAGUCCUAACUAGCAGAGCUAUUUACAACAUCAUAUAGUUUAAAUAUAUUAAAAGAGCCAUGGGUUAUCUAUGAUAAAUUGUUAAACAGUUAUAUGCUUUCUCCUGAAUGUUCAUUGUGUCAACAGGACAUUGUUCUUCAUUUGCCUGUCCUGUUCUCUCCAUUAGCAUAGAAGUAGUUAAAACAUAAAGAAAAUUUACAAAAAAAAAAAAUUAGGAGUACCAGUGGCACAAUCAUAUCUCUUGACAUUCUGUUCUGCUUAAAUGCCUUGCUAAAUAACUGCAUUGUGAUGUAAAAACCAAUGAUUUGGACUAGAAUUAGCAAAAAAACAAUUUCAAAUACAAUCAAUUCAAUAUUAAGAAACUCAAAACCGUUUAAUUAAAGAAUGAGUCCACAUAUGAUAUAAAAUUAUCCAAAUGACUGUACUGUAUGCAACAAAAAGAAAUGCUAAUGUUUCUGUUAUCCUGCCCACCUGUCCAUUGGGAGCUUUGCAUUUGAUUUCACGGUUAUAAUGCUCAUGAUGUAGAAUUCAUAAUAAUGAAGUCGCACAAAAACAAAAAGGCGACUUCUGUGGUAUAAUUUCAGUGGAACACAAGUAUAAGAUGGUGCUUUCUUUUGUGCUGAUUGUUGAUCUGGAUGGUGCUUCACAUCUGUAAGAAUAUGUAAUGAUACAAAAAUAAUAAUAAUAAUAAAAUGCACCCAAUAUGUCUGAUUAUAUGUAUAAUAUGGCCAUGGCCUACUAAAUAAAAUUAAGAAUAGCAUUGAU